CUCCCAUAUCAGGUCAUGGAAUGUUUUUCGCCUCAAGUUCAUUUGGUUCAUUUUUCAAGUCAUCUUCAAAGAAGAAGGGAUAUGCUGCACCACCAGUGGCAGUGGGACUAUCGUGCUGUCCAGCAACACUUAAAAACAGCUCAAGCAGCAGACCUAAGGAAGAAGAAUCUCCUCUUUUGAAGUUGGUAUCCCUGCAAAAUGCAGAUGGCUCCUGGCCUCAUGGGCCUGUCCUAGCUGCCAUAUUAGACUUGAGUGAAGCUGAUGUGGUCUCAGAUAUAUGGGCAACAGUGCUGGCUGUUCUCUGGCUUCAUUUGAAAGCUGCAGAGCAGAAAGACGAAUGGGAACUGCUGGAAGGAAAAGCUGUCCAUUGGCUCCAAAUGAAUGCAGGAGAUCAACUGGCUAAGUAUGUGAAUGAUGGCAAUGACGUUCUGGGAAGUAGAGUCAGCCCCCAGGUAUUCGGGCUCUGAGUUUACAAUGUCAUCCUAUGCCUGAAACUGGAACAUCUGCAUCUAUUCUGUUUCUAUUCUUGUUGAAAUGUAACCUGCUGCAACCUCCAUUAGAAGCUAUUAGUCCUGGGUUGCCUACCUCUUGACAUUCCCAGUGCCUUGCUUACAAACUCACUAAGUUCUAAUGCAUCACAAAUUGCUCUGUUGGUGCAUUGAUAUGCAAGCACUCUAGGUAUAAAGGUAGCAGUAGCAAUAGCAUUUAGGCUUAUGUAUCACCCCAUAGCAUUUUACAACACUUUUCCUCAGCUCAGAAUUAACCUCAGAUAAUAUUUUUGGUUGGUUGUCAAUUUCAUUAUGCUGGCAGUAUAAAAUAAGGAAGGGGAUGCUUACAGAAAAAGCUACUUUGGUGAAGUGAUUAAGGCAUCAAGCAGAAAUCAGGAGGUUGUGAAUCUUGCUUCAAGGACAAAACCAUCUGGGUGACCUUGAGGUAGUCACACUCUUGUAGCCUUAGGAAGCAGGCAAUAGUAAACCACUGCUGAAAAACCUUACCAAAAAAACAAACUGCAAGGUCUACUUCCAACCGUCACCAAAAAUCAACAAUAACUCAAAGGCACACACAUGAUUAGAUAUGAGAUUCUAUCACUAUUUGUAGUUUGAUUUAAUAUUCAUAAAUGUGUUUAUAAAGUUUGCAAAUAAGAACAGUAAGUUUAAAAUAGUUCUAAAAUGUUGAAUUAUGCAUUUUAUACUUGGAUGUUUAUCAGUAUAUGAAGAAUUUUGGAUUUAUUGAAUUUGAAAGGGAUUAUUCUCUUAUACCACCCCAGGCAUACAAUCUUGGAUAGAUGGUACAUAUUCGUACCGUGUUAUGAUGAACAGAAUAAAUACUCUGCAUAAAUAUUUAA